GCCGCUACCUAUCCGAGUUGUCGCUAACGAGCGUCAUCGCGUAAACGUUCGCAUUCGGAGCGCUCGUCGAGAUCGCGCUCAAACCGCGACGCGCCGUCAUCGCGGUUUCACCGUCUCUCUCUCGCUCUCGACGAUGCGGCUCGCAUACAUAAUCGCGUUAACCGCGUGUUUCAACGCCGCGACGUGCAUCAAUUCCACAAUUACGGACGACAAUUACGCGUUCACGUUCGACUACCUGCUGAAAUACGGAUAUCUGUCCAACGACGUGGACGCGAUUCCGGCUCAGAGACGAAACGACGUUUUUCGCAAAGCCUUCAAGGAGUUUCAGAAUUACUACAAUUUACCCGGCGACGGAACGCUCAACAACGAAACGCUGAAAUUCAUGAGUAAACCGCGAUGCGGUUUCCGAGAUAUCCUGAAGCACGAAACGAAAGCGAGCCUGUCCAAAUGGCCGAAGACGCACCUGACGUGGCAUUUUCACUUAGCCGACGAAAACGAGUUGAACACGGCGCAGGCCGCGUUCGACCUGUGGUCACAGCAUUCGGCAUUGACGUUCGAACGCUCCGAAAUGCCGAACGCCGACAUUAUAAUAUCUUGGCGACGCCUACUACACUAUAACACGAACAUCGAGGUAAACGGAGAAUUGUGCUCGGACAAAUUCGACGGCCCCGGCAACGUGCUCGCCCACGCGUUUUUCCCGACGGACCAAGCGGGAUUCGUUUCCGAGGUGCACGUCGACGGGGACGAGCCGUGGCACAUUUACGUCAACAAACAUCCCGCGGAUAAGUUUUUCCUGCAUUACACGUUGACGCACGAGAUCGGCCACUCCCUCGGAUUGCCGCACAACAGACGCACAACAUCGGUGAUGUUCGCGAUACAGCCGGAUCAGCAGUAUCCGGUGAAGCUCGACCAAUACGACAUCGCCGACAUUCAACGUUUGUACGGUGAAAAAAUUCAGAACGAUAAGCCGCGUUGGACGCCAGCGCCGGCGCCACCGCCGCCGCCGUCGCCGGACCUGUGCAGCCUCGAUCGCGUGAACGGGAUAUUGAUUUUGGAAAAUCGAAUGUACAUCUCGUACAAACGUUACGUUUGGUCGGUCGAUCUGGACGGUAGGACGUACAACGGACCUUUAGCCCUCUCGAAGCACAUGAGCUUUCUUCACGACAAUUACACGCGCGUGACCGCUGCCUAUCAAUCCCCGUCCGGCGAUCUCAUGGUGUUCGUAGAUAAUUUAGUAUACUUGGUUCAAUAUCCGGAAUUUAGUCUGCGGCCAGGUUGGCCGAAGACCCUGCAAGAACUCGGAUUUCCCGAAAACGCGCUGAUCAACGGAGCGGUGAACACCCACAGAGGACGUUCCUACGUGGUGUUCAACGGUAACGCGGUGGGCGAGAUAAACGAAUGCGACCAGGACAAGAGAGUCGCCAAAUUUACGCCCCUCGAGGCGACGUUUCCCGGAAUACCGAAAGGCGUGACGUCGAUAUUCCGCUACAUCGACGGCAAUCUGUACUUCACCACUCGGUCGCAGUUUUAUAAAUUAAACGAAUUUACGAGGACCGUCUCGUCGGCCGGUAAAUUCGAUCUGCGGAUACUGAAUAUCGUCUGCCCUAAGGCCGAACUGCUGCAGCAGUUGCGCGAUCUCCUCAAUCGAAUCGUACGCCUCAACGAUAACUCGCUAACGUCGGCGAGCGAUUAUUGGAACGAUGACGACACCGGAGUUCGGCUCUCCGAUUUCCGCAUCCGCCGAAAGAAGUAG